GAGGGAACUACAGAAUGAGAUGAGCUCGUGCUGGCUGUCACUGCCGCCGCCCAAUAGACACCCGCGAUCCGUAGCGCGAGCAGGACGACCUCCUCCUAAUCAAGAGGCCGGAGUGUGCGCCUGUACCUGACCUCAAUUCGGCUUGGAUGCUUUAGCAACAAUCGUCAGACUGAGCAAGCGAGAGAGGAGAGAGCGUGGGACAGAGACGGAUAUUUGGGAUACAGCUCUCGCGCGUCCCAGCUCUCGGUCUUGCAAUGGGAUGCACGUUAAGUGCAGAGGAGCGCGCGGCUCUGGACCGGAGCAAAGCGAUCGAGAAAAACCUGAAGGAAGACGGACUAAGCGCAGCCAAAGAAGUAAAAUUACUGCUGCUGGGCGGAGGGGAGUCGGGGAAGAGCACCAUCGUCAAACAGAUGAAGAUUAUCCAUGAAGAUGGGUUCUCUGGAGACGACGUAAAGCAGUUUAAACCUGUGGUCUAUAGCAACACCAUUCAGAGUCUCGCCACCAUCUUGCGAGCAAUGGAAACUCUUGGUAUAGAGUACACAGACAAGGACAGAACUGCAGAUGCUAAGAUCGUAUUUGAUGUGGUUGGUCGUAUGGAAGACACAGAGCCAUUUUCAACAGAACUGCUGGCUGCCAUGACACGUCUGUGGACUGAUGCUGGAACUCAGACUUGCUUUAGCCGCUCACGAGAGUAUCAGCUCAACGACUCGGCCCAGUAUUACCUAGACAGUUUGCAGCGUGUUGGAUCUCCAGAUUACCUCCCCACUGAACAGGAUAUACUCCGAACCAGAGUCAAAACCACUGGCAUCGUUGAGACACAUUUUUCCUUCAAGAACCUUAACUUUAGGCUGUUUGAUGUGGGGGGACAGAGAUCAGAGAGGAAAAAAUGGAUUCACUGCUUUGAGGAUGUGACAGCCAUUAUCUUCUGUGUGGCACUGAGUGGAUAUGACCAAAUGCUCCAUGAAGAUGAAACAACGAACCGUAUGCAUGAGUCUCUGUUGCUCUUUGACUCUAUAUGUAACAAUAAGUUCUUUGUUGACACAUCCAUCAUCCUUUUCCUAAAUAAGAAGGACCUUUUUGGAGAAAAGAUUGCGAAAUCUCCACUGACUAUCUGCUUCCCAGAAUACACAGGCCCAAAUACAUUUGAAGCCGCGGCUGCAUAUAUACAGGUUCAGUUUGAAAGUAAGAAUCGCUCUCCUAAUAAAGAAAUCUACUGUCAUCUAACCUGCGCUACAGACACAGGAAACAUCCAAGUGGUCUUUGAUGCUGUCACUGACAUCAUCAUCGCCAAUAACCUGCGCGGUUGUGGCCUCUACUGAGCUCCGACUCCGCAUGUUGCCCUUCCAAAUGGUAACAAGUGACUGAACUGACACCCCUGUGACUUUGGCCAAGGCACUCCCUUAUUUCAAUUCACUCUGUCAAUUUUUGUCUUUUGUUCAGAAUAUUUAUACCUUAUUUUCCUUUGUAGUUUGUCAGUACAUUGCUGGAGUAAAUAACGUAUGGGUGUGCAUGUAUAGUGUAAAAAUUAGUGUUUGGCCGGGCGUAGAUGCUUUAAGCCUGAGUGCAUGUGUGUGAGUGGAAGUCAUAACGAGUGAGAGUGUUUGACAGGUGAUAACACACAAAGGUUCUCUGCUGUAUAAGACACUUCCAAGUGCUGGCAUAAUCCAUUAAAAUGAUCUCAGAGUCCCAGAAGGAUCAGUGACUCUUGCAGGCUAAACAUCUAAAAAUAUUGAGUGACUGAGAGCAAGAUAUAUGGUGAAUCAUUUAGAAGAGCUGAAUGUCACCUCAGAAACUGAAUGUUGAUGAUGAGCUCUUUAAGCCAAAGUUGUUUGAGACCUGGCAUCGCUCCUUUUUAGGUCUCUGCUCAAUGGCUUCAGGCUGUGAAAUAAAAUGCCUUUCAGCAAAUGAAGCCUCUUACAAAGUGUGAUGUUGACAACAUUCUCACUCAACAUGAGCACAAAUAGUUCCAGAUCUUUUCAGUUGUUCGUUUCUGUACAAAUUAUUCUGUAGUUUAUUUAUUUAUAUAACUAUAAGCUCAUGUAUUUACAUAUUUUGUAUCGCCCCGCACUUUGUGCACCCUAUCAGUGUCGGGCUAUGAAUACAAACAAACUAGCUUACAGACGGAGAACUGCAUAAAUAUUAAGAUAGUAAUUCGGAUAUAUAUGUGUAUAUAUAUAUAUAUAUAUAUAUAUAUAUAUAUAUAUAUAUAUAUAUAUAAAUAUAUAUAACUGUAUUACUGAACGAAUGAGCUAUUGCUUCUUUUUAUCACUCUCUUUAACUGUUGACAUGACGUGUGAGAGUGUGUACAGAUGUGUGCGUGUGUGAUGCAUGCACACUCUUUAUUCAGUCAUGACUGUUACUUAACCCAGAUUUCUUUUCCUAUUUUCUCUGCUGUGGAUGGAUUUUUUUUGUUUGGUGCACUGAAUGUCCUCUUUUCCUCCCUUGGGGUCAUACUGCACUGUACUGCUGGGCUUAGUCUUCUGACCGACCAAUAAAAUGUUUACAUUAAAAAAGAAAACACUUUAGCACCAACUACUGGUUGUGUACUGAUUUGUCCCUCCUUUAACAUGGUAAGUCUAGUUUAACCUGCAGUUAUCAAGAAUUGGGCUGCGUAUAUAAUUGCGCAUAUAAAUACAUAAAAUAACAUCAGUGUCAAAUAUAAGAAUUAUAUUAUGCCUUUAUCUUUAUCUGAUGCCCACAUAAUACUGAAUCCCAAGUUCAUCCAUCAGCGCGCUCACACAUAUGACGUUCUCACGUAAUUGUGACGCACGAACGAGCGUUUCCAUUUAUUACUACCAGACAGAUUUUUUCCACGAAAGCAUCAUACAGUCGUUGGAAUUAGGGUGCCAAAAUGGACCAGUGUGACUGUUCUAAAUCUGGGUCUUGUAAAUGCGGGCAAAACUGCAAAUGCUCCAACUGCAAGUGCGCACAUAGCAAGAAAAGUUGCGGCAGUUGUCCAUCUGAAUGCAGUAAGGGCACAAAGGACUGCGAGAGCGCGUGCAAGGACAAGGAGAAGUCGUGCGACACACACUGCUGCAAAUGAAAGUCUGUGAUAUGUGCUGUGACACUGUGCUCCAUUAAUAAUGAUAACAUACAACAAAUCUUUCGUGUACUCCCUCAUUUGUUGUGAUUAUUGACGAAAUUAAAGGAUGUACUUUGA